CAGCGCUGGACCUGUAGUUCAUGUGCUUCAGUCUUUAUAGCGGAAUAGUUAGUCAUUCAAUAUUCUAUCGUAUCAAUAAUAUUGCUCUCUGAUGGAGGAGGUAGACGUGGAGCCGGCAGUCACAAAUAUUCCUGCAGCAAGUGAUGCGAAGCAUUUGGGAUUUGCAUGGGGUCCAGGUGAUAUCCUUGUGUAUGAGACCCUCUACAAAGCGUCAGCAGGUGCUCAAGGAUCAGGCUGCUCCUUCAUCCAUGAAGUCAGGAAAGAUGAGGAUAUAUAUUCCCCCAAUUUACGCAAACUCUUCAAUGAGUCACAUCACAUCUUUGUUGGCCUGCAGACGAUUAGAGAGGAUCUCCCCAGCAAGAACAAAAAACCACAAUUUGUCAGCAUCAGUAAAAACUAUAGAUCUGUGAUACGAGCCUGUAUGGAGGAGCUUCAGCAAGUUGCAGUUUCUACAAAAGAUGCAGAAGUAGCCACGCAAUAUGGAAAUCAGGUGUCCAUUCUGUUGGCCAUAGAACUGAUCUGGAAUCUGUGUGAAGUGCUGUUCAUUGAUGCUGCUCCUGCGGGUUCCCUGUUGCUCCACCUCCUCGACUGGGUACGGUUACACAAGGCUGAUGUGGACGAGAAGGCCACAGAAGUUCUGCAAAGUGAGAGCCCUGCAGAGCACCACGACUACUGGGAUGUGGUGGUGAGUUAUGUGCUGCAGGGCCGGUUGGAAGAAGCCAGACAGAUGCUGGUGAAGCAGGCCACGCUGCACCCUGCUGCCAGGAGCAUGUACAAGCUGAUGGACAGUUUGCUCAGCAAGAUGCCAUUCUACAAUCCGGGUGGCACCCAGACGCUGACAGAUUUUGAUGUGAAGUGGAGACACUGGCACGGCGAGGUGAACCGCUGCCUGCAGGACAACUCGUUUGCCAGCAACCAACACCUGGAGGUCAUCUGCAAGAUCAUAGUGGGGGAUGAAGACACGCUGCUGGAGCACAAGGAGCUACUGAGCACCUGGUACCACUUCCUGGUCACUCGGCUGCUCUUCAGCCACCCCACAGUCAAACCCAUGGAGUUACAUUACUAUGCACAGUCAUGUAUGACGAUGUUUCUAGACGCUAGGAGCGUCCCGGAGCCCCUGGACAACAUCUUACUGGCUGCCUUUGAAUUUGACAUCCAUCAGGUCAUCAAGGAAUGCAGCAUUGCUCUCAACAACUGGUGGUUUGUGGCCCAUUUGACGGAUCUGUUGGAUCAUUGCAAACUCCUUCAGUCUCACAAUCUACACUUUGGCUCCAACUUGAGGGAGUUUCUCCUGUUAGAAUAUGCUUCUGGUCUCUUCACUCAUCACAGCCUGUGGCAGUUGGCCGUGGACUACUUUGACCACUGCCCCGAGUUUGGCCGCAUCUACCUGGAGCUGCAGAUUGAGCAUAUUCCUUUAGACACAGAGCGCAAAGCCCUCAAGGUGCUCAGGAUCUGUGAGCAGAGGCAAAUGUCCGAGCAAGUGCGGAGUAUCUGUAAGAUCAUGGCUAUGCGAGCCCUGAGGAACAACAGGCUGGGCUCUGCUCUCUCCUGGAGCAUCAGGGCCAAAGAUGCUGCCUUUGCCACGCUCAUUUCAGAGAGGUUUCUACAGGAUUACUGCACCAGAGGGACCUUCUCUGACUUGGACCUGAUAGACAACUUGGGUCCAGCAAUGCUGCUCAGCGACAGGCUCACUUUCCUCGGAAAGUAUCGUGAGUUCCACAAGCUUUACGGAGAGAAGCGCUUCAGCGAGGCGGCCAAGCUGCUCCUCUCCCUCAUGGUGGCCAAGAUCGCCCCCCGGAGCUUCUGGAUGACUCUGCUGACCGACGCCCUGCCGCUGCUGGAGCAGAAAGAGGUGAUCUUCUCAGCAGACCAGACCCAUGAGCUGAUGUUCUGCUUAGAGGAGCUCACCUCCUCCCUCAGCCACUCGGCUCCCGGCACGGACAAGUCCACGCAGGAUGACGACAUCGAGCUGACCAAAGUGGAGCUACUGAGACUCGCCCUGGCCAGGAAUCUGGCCAUGGCUAUUAUCAAAGAGGGAACUAUUGACGCAUGAAUGGUGACUUGAAGAAAAAGCUCUUUUGCAUUUUUGUAUUGUAUAUAAAAUUCAAGUAAUCAAAAUGUGUUAUUUGAUAAAAAAAACUUGUUUCAUUGUUUGUUGUAAAAAUAAACUCACACAUCCAUUGAAA